AUGGCGCGGAGUUGGAUGGUUGGCGGAACGGCAGUGGCGGCGCUGGCGUCUGUGCUGGCGGCGUGCGCCACCGCGCUGCACGCGAGUGGCGGAGACAUGGGGCUGCACCCCAUGCCGCGCAUCUUCCCCUUCCUUUGCCAAUGCGAGGACGAGCAUGGCGUGCUGGACGAGGGCAUCGCGCGCUGCCAGCUCGCCAGCGACUUCCUCAUAGCCCUGGCCUACUUCUCCAUUCCGCUCGAGCUCGUCUACUUCUUCCUGCGAGCCAAGGUCUUGCCCCAUCGCUGGGUGCUGCUGCAGUUCGGCCUCUUCAUCGUGCUCUGCGGUCUGACCCAUUUGGUCAACAUGUGGACGUACGGCCCCCACCCCAGCGCCGUGGCAGUGCUACAGACGGUACUCAAAGUGCUCUGUGCGGCUGUCUCCUGUGCCACGGCCUUCCUGCUCGUCACCAUCAUUCCCGUUCUGCUCAAUGUCAAGGUCCGAGAGCUCUUCCUGCAGCAUAAAGCGGCGCAGCUGGAUAGAGAAAUGGACGUGAUGAGGCGCAAGGAGGAGGUGGGGCGGCACGUGCGCAUGCUGACAUACGAGAUCCGCCAGUCUCUGGACCGACACACCAUCCUCAACACCACCCUCGUGGAGCUCGCCCAGGCUCUCAUGCUCGAAAACUGCACCAUCUGGAUGCCGCACCCCUCCGGCUCCUGUUUGGAGCUAACUCACGAGUUGGAGAGGCGGCUAGUGCAAGCGCCGGUGCUCGUCCCUCUCUCCGACCCCACAGUGCAGUCCCUCAUCCACACGCCCCGCGCCCUCCGCAUCUCCCCCUCCUCCUUCAUCGGCCGCGCCUCCGCCUCCCGUACCGCCCACAGCACCUCCCUUGCUGCUGUGCGCCUGCCCAUCCUGCCCCUCGAAGCUAUGGCCGAUGCUGCUGCGGCUGCCGAUGCCGCUGCUGCAGCAGCGGUGGCGGUGGCGGCAGCAGCAGGGGCGUCUGGGGGUGCGGGUGGGGUUGAGGCAGCUGGUGAGGAUGUGAAUGCGAGUGGGGGAGAAAGCAGUCCUUUUCUUGGGAGUGGUGGUGCUGAUGGUGGUAAUUCAGCAGGAGGAAGAGAGGGUGGGAGUGGCGGGGCAGGAGAGGAGAGGGUGGGGGGGGUGGUGCCGGUAUAUGGACUCAUGGUGCUCGUGUUGCAUGGGGAUGCCAGAAGGCAGUGGAAGGCGCACGAGGUGGAGAUGGUGGAGGUGGUAGCAGACCAGGUGGCAGUGGCCCUCUCCCACGCUGCCGUGCUGGAGGAGACGCAGAGGCGGAGGGACGAGCUGGAGGAGAAGAACCGAACGCUGCAGGCAGCGCGGCAGAGAGCAGAGGUGGCAGUGAUGGCGAGGAACGACUUCCUGGCUGUGAUGAAUCAUGAGAUGCGGACUCCGCUCCACUCCAUCACUGCUCUCGCUUCCAUUCUCAAUGAGGAAGACCUGACACCGGAGCAAGCACCCAUGGUGGCGACUGUGCUGCGCAGUGCCUCCCUGCUCACUUCGCUCAUCACUGACGUGCUCGACUUCAGCCGACAGGAGGAGAGUCUGCAUCUGGAGAAGCGUCCCUUUGACCUGCGAAAGCUGUGCCGGGAAGCCGGGAAGCUGGCGUGGCCGCUGGUGCGGUCCAAGGGGCUGCACUUCUCCCUGGAGGUGGCGGGGGUGGUGCCUCGAUACGUGGUGGGCGAUGAGAAAAGGCUGCUGCGAUUAAUGCUGCAUCUGAUUGGGCGAGCUGUGAAGAAGACGGAUGAGGGCUUUGUGUCGGUGCGGGUAUCAGUGGACGAUGGGCAGACCCCCCGGCCCCACUCCUCCCAGUCCUCCUUCACAGUCGGUGAUGGCCCUGCUGCUGCUUCUUUCCGCCCUGCUGCUGCCGCUGCAGCUGCCGCGGCAGGGGAGAAUUCGCUCGGCCUCCAGCCACACACGCCGUGGGAGUUGCUGCUGGGUCAAGACUUGCUAGUCGAGGACAAUGUGGCGAAUCGCAUCGCGACACAUCAGAUGCUGCUGACGCUGCGGUGCCACGUCAGCAGCGUGGGCAGUGCGCAGGAGUGCCAGAUGGAGCUGACCACGCGCAAGAGCCCCGCAGUCCCGCCGGUGGAUGUCGUGCUGCUGGAUGUCUGCAUGCCCGAUGUUGACGGCUUUGAAGUGGCCCGCCGCAUCCACUGCCUCUUCCGUCCCGACGAGCGGCCUUUGAUAGUGGGUCUCACUGCACGCACGGACAGUGGCAUGCCAGAGGCAUGCGUAGCAGCAGGCAUGGAUGCUGUGUUGCUCAAGCCAGUCACGAACCGACAGUUGGCAGCUACUCUGUGUCAUGUGCUCAAUGGUGUGUGA